AUGGAGACCACACCCUGUAAUGGAUCAGGGGACUCCUCAGUCAUCUUCUACCUUAUGGGCAUUCCCUCUCUUCCAAAAUCCCUCUUCCUUCCUAUCUUCUUCAUCUUUCUCCUUCUCUACCUACUCAUCCUAGUGGGUAAUGCCCUGAUCCUAGUGGCUGUGGUGGCAGAGCCCAGCCUCCACAAGCCCAUGUAUUUCUUCCUAAUUAAUCUCUCAGCCCUGGACAUUCUUUCUACUACAACCACUGUUCCCAAGAUGCUGUCCCUCUUCCUGCUUGGGGACCACUUCCUCAGCUUCCCUACCUGCUUUCUGCAGAUGUACCUGUUCCAUGGCCUCAACUGCUCAGAAGCCUUCCUCCUGGUGGUCAUGGCCUACGACCGCUAUGUGGCUAUCUGCCGCCCACUGCACUACCCCGUCCACAUGACCCCACAGACUAACGCUGCACUGGCGGCCAGUGCCUGGCUCACCGCCCUCCUCCUGCCCAUCCCAGCAGUGGUACAGACCUCCCAGAUGGCAUUUGACAACAUUGCCCACAUCUAUCACUGCUUCUGUGACCACCUGGCUGUGGUCCAGGCCUCCUGCUCUGACACGGCUCCCCAGGCCCUCAUGGGCUUCUGCAUCGCCAUGGUGGUCUCCUUCUUCCCCCUUCUCCUGGUGCUUCUGUCCUAUGCCCACAUCCUGGCCUCCGUGCUUCGCAUCAACUCCCGAGAAGGACGUUCAAAGGCCUUCUCCACCUGCAGCUCCCACCUCCUGGUGGUGGGCACCUACUACUCGUCCAUUGCCGUGGCCUAUGUGGCCUACAGGGCUGACCUGCCCCUCGACUUCCACAUCAUGGGCAAUGUGGCCUAUGCUAUCCUCACACCUGUUCUCAACCCCCUCAUUUACACGCUGAGAAACAAGGAUGUCAAAGCAGCCAUCACCAAAAUAGCAUGUCCCCAGGAGCCAAAGGACACUGGGAAUCCCCGACUCAGAGGGGCGAUUCCAUCUUCUCUCAUAAACACAACGGCACAGAGUAAGUAG